AUGGGGAUUACUACUCAGCUUGUUCAGAGCAUUGUUUUUGGUGAGAUGUGCAUGUUCACAUUCAUGCUACUCCCAAUUUCUAAAAACCUUAAGAAGAAAGUAAUCAAGCUCUUCCAGACAUCAAAGUUCUAUAGGGGAUUCCUCCACAUAAUCUAUGUCCUGUUUGCAAUGAUACUUAUAAUGUUUGUGGAUUCUGCAUACAAGAUCUAUACGGGUGAGGACCAGAUCAACCCGUUUGUGCUAUACCAGGCGGAGAGAAACAUGUAUCUAACAGGGUUUACCCUGUUCCUAGGUGUUAUAUUCCGUAUGUUUAUCAGAACGAUGUGCUUGCUCUUUAGAGAGGAAGAGUCUGCACAACUCCUUAGGAAGCAGUCUAUGAAUCAAAAGAAAUAUGUCGAGGAGAUGCUAGAAGACAACACGAAGAAAGCCAAAAGGAUAGAAGAGCUAGAGGUGGAGAUCAUCGAUCUGAAAAAGAAGAUCUUGUCUGGGGACAUCUUGAUAAAGCAGCUGAAGAAUAAUCAGAACGAGUAUUUCAGCUUGCUAGAUAAGUAUAAUGGACUGAGAGAGCAAAUGCAGAUGGAGUCUAGGAAGUCUAAAUAA